UAACUGUACCGCUCUCUCACAAAUUCUCCAAACUUGUCAUUGCUGAACAUUUGUGUUAACGGGACUAUUGUUUCUUCGAUAUUUAUGACAAACAAACUCGGCUUAGUGUCUCGGUGUUUAAUCAAUCCGACAUUUUCGAGAAGAUUCAUUCAAGACUUUACUACGAGCGUAUCUCCCUUCCCCUUCCGCCCCUUUCCGCUCUGCUUCUGCGCUGUAUUCGUUCCACGUUCCACGUGUACCAACAUCGCCAACAUUUACCAUUUCACAUAUAUACUUUCUUCUUUCUUCUGCACGUCGCCGACUUUUUAUCUAUUAUCUACAUUUUUUCAGCAUCAGAUUCUCAACGUAUUACAAGUACGAUGAUCGUAAGAACAUUAUUGAGACGCAAGUCAAUGUGGAAACGCAUUGGUCACAUUCAACGAAUAGAAAAUGCUUCGUUCUCCUUUGACACGAUAGAAACCCAUGAUGACUAUCCUACGGACAAUUGGAAAACUGAAUUAACCGCAACAAUGAAAGUUAUACCUGAUUUCAUAACUCCUCAGGAAGAGGAUUCAAUUCUCCGUGAAAUUGAACCGUACAUGAAACGUUUGCGGUACGAGUUUUCUCAUUGGGACGGUGCAAUUCAUGGUUACCGAGAGACUGAAAGGGGCAAAUGGAACGAGGAGAACAGUAAAAUAAUUGAACGAGUAAGAGCGAAAGCUUUUCCUCCAGGAACUCCCCAAUUGGGCUUAGUGCAUGUCUUGGAUUUGGCCGAAGAGGGUGUGAUAAAGCCCCAUGUGGAUAGUGUCAGAUUUUGCGGUGACGUUAUUGCAGGUAUUAGCUUGCUGAGCGACUGCGUUAUGCGCCUCACUCUGGUUGGAAAAGAAAAAGAAAUUGCACAAGACUUUUUCCUGCCAAGGAGAUCUCUGUACAUUAUGAGUGGUGUGGCGCGACAAAAAUACAAUCACGAGAUUCUGGACAACGAAAAUUCUGUCUACAACGGUAAAAAGGUGAUAAAAGGUCGUCGCAUUUCUGUGAUAUGUAGAAGCGAACCUGAGCCAUUAACCGAAUGAAACUAGUCAUUGAUGUUACCUAUUGAUUAAAAUAGAUAAUGUAAAGAAAAAAAUUGUAAUUAUGUACAACGAAAUGUAUAAAAGUAUUAGUGUAUAUAACAAAGAGGGCGAUGGUUAAUCGAAAUGAAUUAAAGAAGGCAAACAACAA